AUUACGAAGCGAGGAAGGCUCUUUCACUUCCUUGAAACGUCUUUUCGUUGUCGCAUCAAAGCCACGUGAGACUAUCAUGGAUAAACCAGUUGUUUUGGCUCGUGUUAUAAAGGUUCUAGGCCGAACCGGCUCACAAGGACAAUGUACGCAAGUUAAGGUCGAGUUCCUUGGAGAACAAAAUCGACAAAUUAUCCGGAACGUAAAAGGACCGGUACGAGAAGGCGAUCUCCUAACCUUGCUGGAGUCGGAACGUGAAGCGAGAAGGCUUCGAUAAAAGGAUUCAUCUACGACAGCUUGAUACCGUCAGCAGUGAUUCAACUCUGGCAAUACAAUUCAUUCCACCGAUUGAAAUGGAUGUCACACAACUGUUCCAAUAACACAAGCACAUUCGAUCCAGAACAUCUAUGUCACUGAAGAUGUCUAUGACUCCUGUAAUAAACACUGGUUAAUAUUUUUCAAA